CCUUAGGCCCGUUUGUUUGGGAUUACAGGAAGGAGGUUGGGUUUGACGGUGAGCAGCGAGGAGGGAAUUGAAAAUGAAGUGUUUAUUUUGACAGAUACGAAUAGGACUAUUAGUAAAGAGGAGCUGUGCAACCAAAACCCCACAGCUGAAGAGGAGAAAAGGCUUUCAUGGCGGCAAAGCAAUCAGGACUCGACUCCUUUUUUUUGUUCUCUUCUUCUUCUUCUUCUUCUUCUUCUUCUUCUUCAUCGGAUGAUAAAACCCAAUUAGGGUUAGGGUUUCUUGAUUCUUCUAAAAAGUCCCUCCCUCCCCCACCUCCUUCCAUUGAAGUUCUUCCCUCAGAGGUUUCAUCAUCUGUCACAUAUAAAGUGGACCCCGUGAAUUUGAGCGGACGCACUUUGCUGAAGGGAAGGGUGAGUACUCAGGAGGUUUUCCAUUUAUCCAAUUCUGACUUGGUCCCGGGUAAAUAUGAAGGGGGACUAAAACUAUGGGAAGGUUCACUCGAUUUAGUUAAAACUCUGCAAUCAGAGAUCCAAGAUGGUCAAUUAUUACUCACUGGAAAGCGGGUUCUAGAGCUUGGAUGUGGUCAUGGACUUCCUGGGAUCUUCACUGGCCUUGAGGGUGCUGCUGUCAUUCAUUUCCAGGAUUUUAAUGCUGAGGUCUUGCGAUGUCUGACCAUUCCUAAUGUAAAUGCUAAUCUUCUAAAGAAAUCUCAACCCUUGGCUACAGAUGUGAGUGGGUGGAAUACAGAUGCAGAAUUCCGUUUCUUUGCUGGUGACUGGAGUGAAGUCUAUCAAAUUCUUCCUUAUGUACAUACCAACAAAAAGGACCACAAUUGUAGCCCAGGGCUAGGUCAGUCUGUUGGUUAUGAUGUUAUCCUUAUGGCAGAGACAGUUUACUCAAUAUCUGCUUUGCCUCAUCUGUAUGAACUUAUAAAGAAGCGAAGAAGCAUUACUUUGGAGUAGGAGGUGGAUCAAGGCGAUUUCUCUCUGUGGUGGAUAAGGAUGGUGUGAUGGAAGCUAGCCUGGUUUCUGAAGUUGCAGAUGGUUCCUCCAAUGUUCGAGAGGUAUGGAAACUUCAUUUUAAGUAGAUUUUGAUUUUCCAGAUGAAGGGAUUGUCUACUCAAAUUGUCACCUAGGUCCAUAAGAGGGUCCUGUUAACCAAUGUUACGUUGUGCACAAAAUUGAUGUACGGUUCCUGAUCAGGAGAAAGUAUUCUGGUUUACUUCGAUUCUUCCAUUACACUUAUACCUGAUUCACAUUUUUCAUAACAAUAGUCUGUUAGACUACAAUUAUGAAUGGUAACUGGCAAUUGACACAUAAUUUGCAAUGUUGUCAGGUAUACUCUAACAUAAAGCAAACUAUAAUUACAAAACUCCAAGAGCGGAAUGUAUUUAUGUUUUAUCAUAAAUGCAGGGGUUGCAAUUUUAUUUUUUUUGCCUUGAA